UUUAUCGACAAAAUAGUUUGCUGCGGAGACGUGACAUCGAUCCAAGAUGGCUGCCACCAUGAAGAAUUCGGAUACAGACACACAGGUGACAUACCAGGACCAACAGAAAAUCAACAAAUUUGCCCGCAAUAACGCCCGGCUACAGGACUUAAGAGACGAGCAAGAAAACAAGAAGAAAGAGUUGCAGAAUCUGGAGGAUGCUGCUGAUGAGCUUCUGAUGCUGGAAGAUGAAAGUGACGCUAUUCCUUAUCAGAUAGGAGAGGUCUUUGUCAGUCUGAACACUGAUACAACCAAUGAGAUGUUGGAGAAAGCAAAGGAGCGUGUUCAGGAGGAGAUCAAGGGCCUUGAUGCACAGUGUGAGGUCCACAAACAAAUCCUACAGGACUUAAAAGUGGAACUUUACGCUAAAUUUGGCAAUAAUAUCAACCUGGAAGCAGAUGAUGAUUCCUGAUAUGUGUAAUUGUAGAAAUUCCUGGACUAUUUCAUAUUUGUAUUACCAUUUCUUUAACAAGAUGAGAAGGAGUAGUCUUCAUAGUACAGCAGUUUCCAACAUUCUCAUUAUCAGUUUUACUUUCAGUUUACCUGUACUUUACAAAGUAAACUGAUAAUGACAUCUUCUUAAAAUUAAAAUGGUUAACAUAAAA